CGCGCACGCAUCUCGCACCAGAAACACACAUACAGCCCGGCCCUGCGUCCUUCCUCCGCAUCACCACCCUCACCGACCCCUCCUCAACCCGACCACCCGUCCCGUCGUCCAUCAUGUCCAAGGAGCACACGAGCCUCGCCAUGUCCGGCGACGAGAAGCACGACCCCAUCUCCGGCCACGCCGGCUUCCGGCCAACGAGCGCCGGCGGCAACGGCGCCCAGGGCUUCGCGGCGCCCAGCCACUCGCUGCCCAGCGGCGGUCUGCCCGGCGGCGCCGCGGCCAAGCCCGACAAGAAGAUGCACCCCGCCGUCAUCAUUGCGCUCUGGAUCUCGCUCAGCUCCAGCGUCAUUGUCUACAACAAGUACGUGCUGGACACCAAGGCGGGCCUCAACUUCCCGUACCCGGUCUUCCUCACGACGUUCCACAUGGCGUUUGCCACGGUCGGCACGCGCCUGCUUGCGCGCUACUCGACGCUGCUUGACGGCCUGGCGCACGUCGAGAUGACGCGCGAGCGGUGGUACCGGAACAUCCUGCCGAUCGGCGCCCUCUUCUCUGCGUCGCUUGUGACCAGCAACAUGGCGUACCUGACGCUCAGCGUCAGCUUCAUCCAGAUGCUCAAGGCCUUCACGCCCGUGGCAGUGCUGCUCAUCUCGUUCGCCUUCGGCCUCAAGCAGCUCUCGGGCAUGCUCUGCGUCAUUGUCGGCAGCAUCUCGUUUGGCGUGGCCAUUGCCUCGUACGGCGAGAUCGAGUUUGCCAUGGACGGCUUCAUCUACCAGGUCUUCGCUGUGGCGUUCGAGUCGAGCCGCCUCGUCAUGAUCCAGGUGCUGCUGCAGGGCCUCAAGAUGGACCCGCUCGUCUCGCUCUACUACUUUGCGCCCGUGUGCGCCGCCAUCAACACGGCGCUGCUCAUCUUCACCGAGGGCCUGGCGCCGCUGCUCGACAUCUCGCGCCUCGGGCCCUUCGUGCUCAUCACCAACGCCGGUGUCGCGUUCUGCCUGAACAUUGCCGCCGUCUUCCUCAUCGGCGCCGCAAGCAGCCUGACGCUCACGCUCGCCGGCGUGGUCAAGGACAUCAUGCUCAUCUUUGCGAGCAUCUUCUUCCUCGGCUCGUCGAUUACGCGCCUGCAGGUGUUCGGCUACGCCAUCGCCCUCGGCGGCCUCGUCGCCUUCAAGACGCACAAGGGCUAAGCUGGCUUGCCCUCGCCCCCCCAUCCGGUCCCCAAGAGGCAGCCGGAGCACGUCCGAUGCACACUUGUGCGCUGGGCCCGGCCUGGCACCCUUCUCUCGUCUCAUCGUCACCAUACCGCUGCUCGCGCGGUCCACACUCGGCGAGCCCGCGGCAGCUGACGGCUGCCAGCACCUCCUUCUCGCAUCCGCCCACACUCUUUUACUAGGCUCCUUCACGACACCUACUGCCUUUAACCACACGCGUUCCGUCUGACUCUCUCCAUCCUGGCCCCGCGAACACUGCCCCACCUGCGCUCUUUCCCGUGUAUUCCGCCCCACCUUCCGCACCCAGCCGCACGCGACGCAAAUAGAGCUGAUGUUGUUAUUGC